CCCACAGACAUGGCGAGGAUCCUCACGCGGCUGUGGGGGCCGCCACUCUCCGCGGAGACGGCGCCCGCACCGCCUCCAACCCCAUCGCCGACGCCGACGCCAUCACCCUCGCCGACGCCGCCUCCACCACGUACGUCGCCGGUGCCACCCCCAACCGCCUCGGCGCGACCUCCCUCCUACAUGACGCCGCACCCUGCUUCCUCGACGACGACGCCACCGCACACCUCUCCAGCACCACCGCCGGGUGCUUCUCCCUCGUCCACGCCGACGCCGACGCUACCGCCACUUCCUCCACCGACGCCCGCGCCACCUUCUCCAGCCGCGCCGCCCCGGGUCUCGCCCGCGCCGCGUACCUCUCCAGCGCCAGCGCCGUGUCCGCCCGCGGCUUCUCCAUCGCCCGCGCCGACGCCUACGCUACCGCUACUUCCUUCACCGACGCCUGCGCCACCUCUUCCUCCAGUCGCGCCGCCCCGGAUCUCGCGCACCUCUCCAGCGGCACCACUGGGUACGCCCGCCGCAUCUCCCUCGUCUGCGUCGACGCCAACGCCAUCGCCACUAGCGUCGCCGACACCUGCGCCACUCGUGCCGGCCCCGCUCUCGCUCGCUCCGCCUCCCUCGUCGGAGCCACUACUCCCCACGCCGCCGAUGCUUCUUCCGCGUGCUGCUACGGGUAUCGGACCCCUCCCGCACUGCCCUCCUCCGCAGCUGCCCCCAAGGCCCUCCCCAACCCUGGCCGAGCUCCCGCGAAACAUCACCGCCUCCGCUCUAUCGGCCGGGACCUCUCCGCCACCGUGCGCGUGCGCUGCUCCACCACCGCAGCCACAGAGUAUCGAGAAGGGUGCAUCUUUAUUUGGCUUGCUCACCCCUGUGGUUUUAUCCACAUUCCCUUUUAUCUACCAAGUUCAUACCGGAAGCAUCCAUAAGACGACAGAACUGUUUGGGACACCAGCCAUGGUCAGUGCCUUCAUCAACAGCAUCAUAUGGUUGAUGUAUGGCAUCGUGAUCAGCAAGAGUGACAUGAGUCCAACUCUGCUCCUACUGCAUGCAUUCACUUGUAUGUCAACCUUCACUUACCUCAUGUUUGUCUAUGCGGAUAGGAAAGCCACUGUAAAGGGCUACAUGCUUGCGUCAUCAUUUAUAUUAUCUCUAUCAGUCAUAUUCACUGUUCUGUACUGGGAUCUGAUCCCAUCUUGGAUCAUGGAGGAGCUGUUCGGGUGCCUUGGUCUGGGUAGCCUUGUUUACUGCCACUGCAUUCAAAUAUCUAAUAUUUUGGAUGGUAUUACUGAAAGAUCACAGAAAAUAGCUACUGCUAUCAAUUUGCUCCCGAGCUGUUUGGUGAAUCUGGAAACCAUGAUGAUAACUGCUCAACGCCACCCAAACCAUGGUUUCAUUUUGAUGUCAUCUACACUUGGGUUCGCAGCUAAUGUGCUUGAGAUAUUUUUGGCUAUCAUAGUAACUCUGGGUAAUUUGUUCUCAUCAACUGGAAACAGAAGUGUUGAUCUUGAAGCGGCAGUUCAAAAUGUUGGCAGAGCAAAUGUGUCUGCAGGUUUACCUACCAAUGAUUUAGCUGUGGUGUUUGGGAGUGAGAAUUCUAUAGCUGGAUCAACUCAGGCGCAGCACCAGCACGAAGCUACUGAUACCAUAAUCAUGCAACUGCAAGCAAUAAUUAGGUGUCAAAUUGAAGCAAUUAGGCACCCAAGUUCAUAUACCAGAGUGGUUCUUGUACAAGCAAUUCCACGGGUACCUUUACAAAUUGAGCGUGAUGCGUACCUUCCCAUGCUUCUUCAGAUCUCAGGGUUGGCUGAUGCAAGGCCAGAUCUUAUGGUGAUAAUGAAUCUGGAACUCAGGUACUGGCUGCAACUUAGGUGGAGGCUAGAGGUGUCACAAAGACGGAUUGCUGCUGCUGCUGAGACCAGCAUGGAGCAGAGGAAUAGUAUGAAGAGAAAGCAGCUGUUAACAGAGGAGUCACUUGGAAGCCAAAGCAAAAGGAUAAAGAAGGCGCAGACUACCUGGCGGGUGCAGUUGCCAAGACCUUAUGCCUUACGGAAGUUCAGGAUCCCCAGAUGAUCACAUGCAGCUGACGAAAUUUCGCCGGAGGAACGAGGAAACACAAAUUUUGGAUGUACAGACGACCGGGAUGACGGAGAUACUUGUGUGCAGAUGAUAGUUUACGUUUACGUUUAGGCAUGCAACAGUCCCUAUAUGCUUGUUUGAUUUGCACCUGCACCGUACCAUUAUUUUGGAUUUGGAUUUGCACUUGUUGGAUUUGUCUAGUGUAAUUCUGGCGUAUAAAACUAGAUUAUAACAUAGAAGAAUGGUGUUG